AUGGGCGAUGUACCAGGCGUCACGGCCGGGGCGUUUAACCCGGCGGUACCCGACCUUAGACGGGAGUCAGCGAAGGUGUGCCUAAAGAUUAACUCUUCCAAGACUAAAUCUAUGACAAACAUCGAAAAAACCAGACAACAACAACUACCAGUAGAUAUCUCAUACCACUUUAUCUAUCUUGGGCACAAAAUUUCACUGGGAUGCGAAAGUCAAUCUGAAGUCGACCGACGUAUUUCGCAAGCAUUGGAAGCUUUAGGACACUUCUCUCUAGCACUCAAAAGAAAGGUCUUCCAUCAGUGUAUCCCACCUGUCUUACUUAUGGAGCCAAAACCGGAAGUCCGAGAGUGGCGCAGCGGGCGAUGGAGCGUGAUAUGCUUGGUAUCUCUCUUCGCGAUCGCGGACAGAACGAGGCCAGUCGUGAAAAGACCACCGUAA